AUGGAACCACCACCGGAGCGCCACCACCACCAUGACCAAGCUCCGGAGUCAUCAAUCUGCGCCAAAUGCCCCACUCCCCCGCCCCCCUCCGACAAUUUCGCCUACGUCCCCAUCCGGUUCCCCGCCGUGAACCUCCCUCCCUCCCCCACACACACAAGAGAGACCAUCAUGCGCACCCCCGUCCCCCACGCCGACAUGGUGGACCCCCUUACUCUCCCCCACCAAUUCAGCGCCCCCUCUAAGCGAAUCCGCUCCCCCGACGACCUCACCACCUUCCACUCCUCCCCCUCCUUCCGCAACUUCCUCGGCUUCCUCGUCUCCCUCUCUGAAUCCACCAAAUCGCGCAAGCUAUCCGAUCCAUGCCACGUCUCCCCCGUCCUCGAAACCCUAGCCUCGAUUCUCCAGAAACUAACUGACUACGUCGACGAAAUCCCUCCGGCACCGCAGACCGCGCGAUAUGGAAACGUCUCGUAUCGCCUGUGGCACGAGCGGAUGAGCGGCGAGGCAGAGGCCUUUAUGCUCAUGUUUCUGCCUCCUCAACUUCGCGAAGCUGCUAUGGAAAUUGUGCCGUAUUUUACCGAUGGAUUUGGCAAUGCAUCACGAAUCGAUUAUGGAACUGGACAUGAGACAAAUUUUGCAGCAUGGUUGUAUUGCUUAGCAAAACUAGGUGUUGUGAGGGAAGAGGAUUAUCAGGCCUUGGUGUCAAGAGUGUUCUUCAAAUACGUGAAGUUAAUGAGAAAAUUACAAAUCACGUAUAGCUUAGAGCCGGCGGGAUCCCAUGGUGUGUGGGGACUUGAUGAUUACCAUUUCUUGCCAUACAUAUUUGGGUCAUCACAAUUGAUAGAUCACAAGCAUAUAAAGCCAAAGUCCAUUCACAAUGAUGAUAUAUUAGAGAAUUUCUGUAACGAGUACUUGUAUCUCUCCUGUGUUGUUUUUGUGAAGAAGGUGAAGAAGGGUAUGUUUGCUGAACAUUCACCUAUGCUGGAUGACAUUAGUGGUGUUCCUAAUUGGAAGAAGGUCAACAGUGGGCUGCUAAAGAUGUAUAAAGUAGAAGUUAUGGAGAAGGUUCCUAUUAUGCAACAUUUUCUCUUUGGCUCAAUAAUCAAAUGGCCGGAGUGAGAUGCAAUGAGCAGAUUGUUUCUGAGUUAAGUUCUUGAGGGGCCUUAUCUGAUGCAUACAGAGUCCAAUUCAGUCUGCUGUUAUUGCAUUUUUUGUGGAUAUAAUGUGCCCUGUUGAGACUAUUGCCUUUGGUAACAACGGUAAGUUGUAUACGCCUACUCUGUAUUUUUGUAGAUAUUGGGAGUAUUAUAUUUAUUGGUAUUUUUAUUUUCAUGCGGUUAA